UCGCGGGUAGAUGUGUAAAACACAACACGUUUUUAUUUCGCUCCUUAGAAAUAUUUUGAUUUUAAUUUGUUUUCUUAUUCUUUCAACAAAUAAUUAUGUUGUAAUUAUCACCUGUGCCUACCAGCAACAUUUCCUAUAAAUUUUAUUAUAAUUAUUGCUCUCUAACACAAGCACAAAAUAUAAUCUAGUAAACAUGGACUUACUUAAACAGUCAAUAGAGAAGAUGACAAGUGACUUUAACAACAGGAUGGCUGAAUUUCAAAAGGAUUUACACAACACUGCCUCCUCACAUCCGGCUUCUGUAAGUCCUACAUCUAGAUUGGCAAGUGAGUUUGACGCUUUUCGCACACUGGUAUUGUCAUCACUAGAAAGCUUACAGUGUCAGGUCCAAGUGCUCACUAAACUGUAUGAACAUCAAGAACUGCGCAGUAGAAGGAAGAUUCUGUUAAUUCAUGGUGUGCCGGAAACUCAAAAAGAAAAUGUCACUACAAAAAUAGUUGAUGUAUUAUCCAAAAAGCUGGAUGUCCCUGGUUUGGACGCAGAUGCCUUCUCCCGUUGCCAUAGACUGGGUAAAGCAAUCAGCGAUAAACCGAGACCAAUUGUAGCUAAGUUCCGGAAUAUGACACUCAGGGAUAAUAUUUGGUUCUCAAAGAGUGGCCUGAAGGGCUCUGGUGUCACCAUCUCAGAAUUUUUAACAUCAAGUAGACAUGAAACAUUCCAAGCAGCUCGCUCUAAAUUUGGUGUUGCAAAAUGCUGGACGAGGAACGGCUAUGUUUUUGUUCUUGCUUUGGACGGUAAACGUCAUCGUGUGGAGUCUCUCUCUGAACUGAAUGCCAUAUCUUCUGCAUCUGAAUCUGUUUCUACAAAUACAAACAUUCAAAGUAACAAAGAUACAAAGUUAACAUCCAGAACUAAAAGGAUUCCUAAAGCCAAGUAACUUAUUUUGAUGUUAACGUUAGUUUAUUAAAUAUGUAGCCAAUAACUUUCACUGUGUAUGAUAAUUCUAGUGUUUUAUGACCUUUAUUUUUAUAUUUACUUGUGUUGUUAUAUCACUUACCUACUACUUUUUUUUUUUUAUUUUUGUAGAAUUGGCUACUUUACCUUAUAAUUAUUAAUGUAAUAUUGCUUUAAAAUACUACUAAUCUUAGUUUUACCCUUUUUUCUUUGUAUAAUUUCGCAACUUUUUUUUCUGUUUAACGAAGGUAAACUGCAUAAUAUUCAUUUUAUAAUAUUUGUC